AUGUCCCGCGAGGAGCUAUUGGUGCUACGAAAGACCCUCACAGAACUACUCGACAAGGGAUUUAUUAGAGUCAGCAGCUCGCCAGCCGCAGCACCAGUCCUUAUGGACCGCUAUCCCUUGCCUUUACUGAGCGAGACCUUGCGAACGAUAGCCAAGGCAAGGUGGUUCACCAAGGUAGAUGUUAUAGCAGCGUUCCAUAAGAUCAGGGUCGCCCCUGGCGACGAAGAAAAGACAGCCUUCAGAACGCGCUAUGGAUCCUUCGAAUGGCUGGUAGUUCCAUUCGGCCUGACAGGCGCACCAGCAGCCUUUCAGCGGUAUAUUAACAGCGUGCUCCAGGAUUACCUCGAUGAUUUUGUGUCAGCGUAUAUCGACGAUGUCCUGAUCUUCUCCUCUGGAAGCCUGCAAGACCACCGCGACAAAGUCGGCAAGGUCCUCCAACGACUGAUGGACGCUGGGCUGCAACUGGACAUCAACAAGAGCGAAUUCGAAGUCAAGGCUGUGAAAUACCUUGGGUUCAUCAUCGAGGCGGAGUGGAUGGGCAACCCGACGAAUAUUAAAUCCGUGAGGAGUUUUAUCGGAUUCGCGAACUUCUACAGGGUGUUUAUGCCAGACUUCUCGGUGAUAGCGGAGCCGCUAACGCGGCUAACGAAGAAGGACGUGCCAUUCCGUUGGGAUGGAUUGUGCGAAGAAGCCUUCGAGAAGCUCAAGGACCUGUUGAUCACGGCCCCGAUCCUUGCACUUCCAUCCAGAAAGGAGACUAUCGUGGAAGCGGACGCUUCAGGAUUCGCGUCGGGAGGCAAACAUUCGGCAGCCGAAGCGAACUACGCUAUCCAUGACAAGGAGCUACUCGCCAUUCUCAGAUGUUUGGAGCAGUGGGAACCAGAGCUACGGGCAGUAGAGCACUUCAAGAUCCUAACGGACCACAAGAACCUGAGAUACUUCUACUCGGAAAGGAGGUUGACAGAGAGACAAGUGCGGUGGUCGGAGUUCCUAUCACAGUUCCAAUUCAAGCUCGAAUGGAGGCCGGGCCGCAAGGGCGGAUUGCCUGACGCGCUCUCUCGACGGGACCAGGAUAUGCCGGCAAACUACUCCGAUGAACGACUAAAGGGACGCAUUAUGAGGCUAUUCCAAGACGACCACCUUAGAAGGGUCCCAAUAUCGACAUUGUCUACCAACACCGAUGGUGCCCAGGAAAUCAACUUCGGAAAAGAGAUCAGGAUAUUUGAAGAUGAGGAGUUACAGCAGCUGUGGCACGCCGCACGCCAAGAAGACAAGCUCUAUCAAGAACUCACGAAGCUGGUAGCAGAUGGAGCGAAGAACAAUAGGGGCCUGCUGUGCUUUAGAGAACGCGUCUGGAUACCCGGUUCGGAGCCGCUACGUACGAAGAUCAUCCAGGAAACUCACGACUCUCAUAUCACCGGACAUCCUGGAAGGGACCUCACGUACUCGACUCUGUCGAGACGCUUCUUCUGGCCGGGUGCCGCUAGCGAUGUACGUCGGUUUGUGCGCAACUGCGAGGUUUGCGGACGAAACACCAUCUGGAGGAUACAAAGAAAGGACUCCUAA